AUGCUGCCAUCUGUACCGCUCGUGUCAGAAGGUGGCGCUGCUGCUGAUUCUCCACAACAAUUGCCUAUUGACUCGCAGUCAAGUACGGCCUCUCUCCCUGCGGGAACGGACCCUAAUGCAGAAACUGGUCCACCAACCUCUGAAACAUCUAGUGCCAACACCGGCUCACUUUCGCCUAGUAGCAUUGAUGUAUUGGGAACGUUGCUUAGUGUCGCAGCAGCUGCAACAGCUGCUUCUCUCCUCACAGGGACUUCCGAGCCUAUUUUUUCUUCUGGACUUGCGCCCUUAUCUCAGUCACCAAAUCAGCCUCCUCAAAGUGUGUCAGAUCGGCCUCUAUCGCCUACACCAACAGGUGACGCUGGGCGGAUGCGUCAUGUCUGGAGCAGCUUACGUGAUCGUCUUGGUCUACGCACACCUGGAAUGGGAACGCCUGGUGUUGAUGAGGGCACGGGUAGACCCAGUCCUCGCGAUGCACGCGAGCUUCUGCUUACGGAGAUGGCUCGGGCCUUCAAUUUGGGUCUUGGUCUAGGAAGACCGCCUGCUGUCCCUGACGCGACCAAUGCCAGCGGACCCGCGGCGCCCAUAGCUGAGCCACCCUCCGCUAAUGGAGGUGGGACCAGUGACGUUCCCGUAAUGCCCCCACCUGGCAGCUUUGAGCGUUUCCUUAUCGAUCUUCAAUCAGAUCUAAGGGUUGCGCUUGCGCAAGACAGUACCCCUGUUGACGCCGACCGCGAUGGAGGUAUGGGCGAUGAAGAUAGCCAUGAAGGUGCACGCCAUGAGACUGAAGACGUGCCGGAUGGCACGAGUGACAACGAGUCUUACGACACCGCCGCAUCCGACAUCGAUGAUAACAUGCCUGAACUUCAAAGCGUUUCUGAUGAGGCGUCUACUAUAUCGGAUGCCCACACUGCCCGGGAGAGCCCAGGCACAAACAAUGACAGUCUAGGACCUAGCGAUGACCCGGAUUUGGAAAGUGAUAACGCCCAGCAUACGCCUAUCAACUGGUGGCGAUUGUACCGUUUUCCUGCUAUCACCGCGCCAGCAAGUCGCAGUACACAAUCCCCCACGAUUAUACAGCAAGGAUCUGCCCCACAACCACUACCACACGCGGAUGGCGAUGGGGUACAAAAUGCGGGUAGUCCACCAGCUGCUUCGUCUUCUCCUUCCUUUAUUCCUUCAGAGAUGCUGGAUACUACGCACGCAACACCAGACGCCGACCUCACCGCUGGAGUACAGCCGGGUAAUGGUAAUGAACAACGUAAUGUCGUCAUUCCUGUCAUCGUCGUGGGGUUGCAAUCAGUGCACGCAGAACGCCAAUCACCUAUGCCUCCACAUCCUCCUCAUCACCUUCAUCCUCAUGUCCAUCAUCAGCCACCCGAUUUCGCAGACGAGCGCUCCACCGAAGGAGAUAUGAUGGAUUUAGAAUUUGGCAGUGAAACUGGGAUGUCUCCACCAACCCCAAUCCCUACUGCUCUAUCAGAAUUUCCACCCGAGAGUACACGACCAUCUCGCGGCCGCUCUUGGCAAUCUCGUGCAGCCGAUGCCAUCAGGAAUUUACGUCCUGGUCGUAGGGCCGCUGUGUCAAGACAGACAGCGUCAGAGCCUCCAGGGUCCAGGACGUUCCUCAUUUAUGUCAUUGGUGGCUACUACCCACCCGAUCACCAAAUCAUCACAGGCGGGAACUUGGAUUCAUUCGAGGCAUUGUGGGAACUAGCCGAGUUGCUCGGUCAAGUGAAACCACCCACUGCCUCGAAGGAGGAGAUUGACAAGUCUGGACUUGAAGUGAUCAAGGCAAAUUCACUUGAGGAGUAUGCGAAGGACGGACGUGUCGCUACUAACUGUGUCGACCGGUGUCUCAUAUGUCUUGAUGACUAUGUGCCGGACGAUGACCUACGUGUCUUAAGCUGUAAACAUGCAUUCCACCAAGGCUGUGUAGAUAAGUGGCUCCAGACAGGAAGGAACAAUUGUCCUGCCUGCCGUACGAAGGUAUGUUCAUUUAGCAGCCAGCAAUCAGGUAUUCAUAAGCUAUUUCAGGGCGUCGACAACGAUAUCAGCCCGUCUACUGAACCGUCCGCUUCGAGUUCAACCUUAGCACCCCAGCCAUCGGCUGCAUGA